CGGCGCGCGCGCAGUUCACGGCGCGAAGUCGCGACGCGCAGGCCGCGAGCCGAACGGAACGAACUACAUUUUUCGCGUGUUUUAUUACGUCACGAGGAUUCAUCGUUAGACGAAAACGUCAAACGCCUCAAGGUUAGAGGGCAUCGACAGCGAGACUCGUGAGAACACAUAACAAUGAUAAUAAUCAGAACACUUUAACAGUGCAAGACUUUCGAACUUUGGCUACAAUUCUAGUGACAAUUGUGUAUUUUUUAAAAAGUGAUCAAGUGAUUCACCCAGGCGACUUGACUGUUGUAUUACGCAGUAAGUGUUGUAAGCGAAGGCCGUAAAGCCUUCAGGAAGUUUGUGUUUGGAAGUGAAAACACCUAUAAUCGUCAGCAAUGAACAUUCGAGAAACGCGAAACCACUUCUUGACUAGCGAGUGCCAUGUUGCUUAACAUGUCGCCGCUGCGGCAAAUACCACCAAACACAAAUAAACCAAAACGAAGAAGCAAACCCCCAGACAAAUACAAAAAUAUAAACGGAUAAUCAUAAAUAUCCUAGUCUUUAUUAUAAUAUAAAAAAAACCAAAGCUUAUUUUACACUGUGAUACUGACGACACAUCGUACCUUAAAAGUUAUCUAUGAUAGAUUCGAAAUUUAAAAAUGGGAGUCCAUGUGCUUCUAGCUUCUACAGCGCUGAAAACAAUCAGUGUGACUGGGCUGUGGUUAAUACCGCUACUUCUAGGAGCACUUACUUACCACAACUACAAUUCUUAUGACCCAGAAGCGAAGGUUUUAGACAAAGAGCCCAAAAGAGAAUAUGAUUUUAUAGUUGUUGGCGGAGGUUCAGCUGGCGCUGUUGUAGCCAACCGGCUAACUGAAGUGAUGAAUUGGAACGUUCUGUUAUUGGAAAGUGGUCCAGAUGAGAACGAAAUCACCGACGUCCCUUCAUUAGCUGGUUAUCUCCAGCUAACGAAGUUAGACUGGCAAUACAAGACGGAGCCUACAUCGUAUGCUUGCUUGGGGUUCAAAAAGCGCAGAUGCAGUUGGCCACGUGGCAAGGUCCUUGGCGGGUCCAGUGUCUUGAAUUACAUGAUUUAUGUUCGUGGAAACAAAUAUGAUUUCGAUCAGUGGGAGUCCUUUGGAAACCCAGGAUGGAGUUACCGAGAUGUUUUAAAAUAUUUCAUUAAAUCCGAAGACAACAGAAAUCCAUACUUAGCUAAAAGUAAAUACCACGGUAGAGGAGGAUACUUAACUGUCCAAGAGGCACCUUGGAGAACUCCUCUGGUGGCUGCUUUCGUUGAAGCGGGUGUAGAAAUUGGUUAUGAAAAUAGAGAUAUAAACGGAGCUGUUCAAACAGGAUUUAUGAUAGCCCAGGGUACUAUAAGACGCGGUUCAAGAUGUAGCACAGCAAAAGCUUUUCUAAGACCUAUUCGUACGAGAAGAAACCUCGAUGUAUCGCUAAAUACACAAGUGACAAGAAUCUUAAUAAACCCUGUAACAAUGAAGGCCUACGGAGUGGAAUAUAUAAAAAGAGGAAUGAAGAGAGUCGUUUAUGCGAAGAAAGAAGUAAUUUUGUCGGCUGGAGCUAUUAAUAGUCCGCAAUUAUUAAUGUUGUCAGGAAUAGGGCCUAAAGACCAUUUGAGAAAUGUCGGAAUAAGAGUGCUAAAAGAUUUACCUGUUGGUGAAAAUCUGCAAGACCACGUUGGUGUUGGUGGGUUAACGUUUCUAGUCGAUAAACCUGUGGCCAUUGUUCAAAAUCGCUUCCAAGCAUUCCCCGUAACCAUGAAUUAUGUGAUAAAUGAACGAGGACCUAUGACUGUUCUUGGAGGUUUAGAGGGAGUAGCUUUUGUAAAUACUAAAUACGCAAAUAGCACUGGUUUGUGGCCUGAUGUUCAAUUUCAUAUGGCACCUGCGUCAUUUUCUUCUGACAACGGACAAAUCGUUAGAAAGAUUCUUGGCCUUACUGAUGAAGUUUACGAUACUGUUUACAAGCCCAUCGCAAAUAAAGAUGCCUGGACUAUAAUGCCGCUUUUACUGCGUCCAAAUACUCGAGGUUACGUCAGAUUGAAAAGUUCAAACCCAUUUCAUUAUCCGAUUAUGAAUCCACGUUACCAUGAAAAUGCUUUAGAUGUAGCUAGAUUAGUAGAAGGAAUAAAAAUAGCAUUAAAAGUAGCCAAUGCUUCUCCAUUUAAGCAAUUCGGUUCUAGGUUAUAUAUGAAACCACUGCCGAACUGCAAGCAAUUUAAGUUCAUGUCUGAUGAGUAUAUAGAGUGUCAAGUGAGAACUAUAUCAAUGACGAUAUAUCAUCAAUGUGGAACAGCAAAGAUGGGACCUGAAUGGGAUAAAGAGGCUGUUGUUGAUCCUAGGUUAAGGGUAUAUGGUGUAGAAGGAUUAAGAGUAAUCGAUGCUAGUAUUAUGCCUACCAUAGUUAGUGGAAAUACUAAUGCAGCUGUUAUCAUGAUCGGAGAAAAAGGAGCCGAUUUGAUAAAAGAGGACUGGUUGAGUGGGAAACAUCGGUGACGAAAAUUUAAAACACAUUUUAUGUUACCAGUAAUGAUAAUAUUUUAAGUACUCCUAUUUUGCCAAAUGUAUUACUGCUUGUAAUCAUAAACAUUAAAAUAUUUUAUAAUUUAUUGCUGUAUAUUGCU